AUGACCUCAAAGAAGCUUAAAUCUCGCGAGAAAGACAUUAAGAAAUCAUAUGGAUCCACAGCUGGAAAAAUUCCUAGAACCUAUAAUCCCAUUGUGAUGCAUUCACUCAAAGUUGUGGAGACUAAACUAGCAGAAGCACUUCGACGCAAAUUGGACAUAGGACAAGCGAACCCAUAUUUUCUACUUGCUUUGCCAAUAGUACGAAACGAGAGGAUACUUCUUUCUAUAUUUUGGUCCUUAAGUUCAGGGAGUGAAUUCACUGACCAGCAGAUGUAUCACUUUAACUAA